AUGAACAACGAGCAGCCUCGCCGUACCAGUUUCGGCAUGUUGCUUCGACGCAGUAAAAGUGGUGAUCUAGGCAAAGGCGGCCGUAAGGCGCAGGCCCUUAGAGAAGCCGAGCUUGAACGCCAGCGCCAGGCCUCUACUCGCAUCGCUCCCAAACUGCCAGAAUUCGCCAAUCAUUCCGAACAGCUUUCCAAUUCUUUUGGCCCCGAGUUGCGCCCCGAAUCGCCAGCCAAUGUUCCUCGAUCGGCGGAAUACUCAUACCGGCCCUCAGCUGAACAUGCACGAGGCUAUGGCAUUGCUGCGCAUGCCAGCCCUCCUGUUCCGCCGUUGCCCAAUGGUGGAUUUGAUCCAUAUGCCAGAACUGAGAGUAUGACGAACCGUGGCCGUUACAGCUAUGCCAGUAGUGCUAUCAGCACGGCCAAUAAUCCUCGUCGCGUUCGCAGAAGAAAAGACCCAACACCUAUGAAUAUUCUUGUCAUUGGUACCCGUAACUCUGGCAAAACCUCUUUCCUUGAAUUUCUCAAAACCGCACUUGCUCUUCCGCCCAAGAAGCGGGCUAAGAAGGGCGACGAUGAGGUACCCCAGAGCCGCAACAUUCCCUCUGGAAAUUUCAUCCCUCACUACCUCGAGACUGAGAUUGACGGGGAGCGUGUCGGCCUCACUAUCUGGGACUCGGAAGGCCUGGAGAGCAAUGUCGUCGACCUCCAGCUUAGGGAGAUGUCGGCCUUUCUCGAGAGCAAGUUCGAGGAGACUUUUGCCGAGGAGAUGAAGGUUGUGCGUUCACCCGGUGUGCAAGAUACCCAUAUACAUGCGACUUUUCUUGUUCUCGACCCUUCUCGCCUAGAUCGUAACAUCGCAACAGCAAGAAACCCAGCCAUUAACGGUCAACACAACGGCCACCUCGGCGCUCGUGUAUCUGGCAGUCUGGACGAAGACCUGGACUUGCAAGUUCUACGCACUCUUCAGGGGAAGACAACGGUUAUCCCUGUUAUUGCUAAGGCGGACACAAUUACCACUAAACAUAUGAAUGUCCUCAAGCGAAGUGUUUGGGAUAGUAUCAAGAAAUCUGGCCUGGAUCCCCUGGAGGCACUUGGCCUCGAUGAUGAAGAUGGUAGCAGUUUUUCCUCCGAGAAAAUCACCGAGGAAGAAGAGGAAGAAGACAUCGAGAACAGGCGCGAUGGUGCGCAAACACCCGAGAGCCAAGAUCUUCCGCUACAAGGCCAGCGAGAAAGCCCAGCAGCUUCACCAAGCUCCAAGAGACUGUCCACUAGCUCCAUUCGUCGACACAGAGUACAAGAGGAGACUAAAGAGAAGGAAGAAGAAAUCCCUUUCUUGCCACUUUCUAUCAUCAGCCCUGAUCUGUAUGAACCUGAUGUCGUUGGUCGACAGUUCCCGUGGGGUUUCGCCGAUCCCUACAACGAAGAACACUGUGACUUUCAACGACUCAAAGAGGCUGUCUUUAGCGAAUGGCGUGCUGAGCUUCGCGAAGCUAGUCGGGAGCAGUGGUAUGAGGGAUGGAGAACAAACCGCCUCAAGCAGAAGGACAUCCCCUACCGCCAUCGAUAA